AUGCGUUUCGUUGUGUUAAUUUUCGCUGCUACAGUUGCGUCAAGCAUCGCCAGUGAUGCGCCCGCGCCGUCAACUGACGCAGCGCCCGCAGCCGACGCUCAAGCUAGCCCGUGCUCACGAAGAAACGUAUUCAUGAAAGUAGCUGGGAAAUGUGACGCUUAUGUAGAAUGUAUUGACUUCGCACCUGUACAAAAAUCCUGCCCGGACGGUCUACACUACAAUGAAGCUGUUGCUUGGCCCAACUACCCUUGCGGAUACCCAUCAGAUGUCCCUUGCAGAGACCGCAGUGCGCAGGCUGCGAAACCCACCCCGGACUGUCCUCAUCAGUACGGCUACUUCCCAUCACCCACUGCCGCACCAACUGACUGUGGACAGUACAGAAUGUGCAUAGCGGGCAAGGCUGUGGACCUGGUGUGCCCCACUGGUCUCGCUUUCAACUUCGAGACUAGUCAAUGUGACUGGCCCUUCCUUGUUUCUUCUUGCGAUGCUGCCAGUUACCUCGGAUACCAGUGCCCAGCAGCUAGCUUUGACGAGAGUGGCAAUCCGGUUGUGACAAACCACAAGUUCGAUGGCAACUGCUACGCGUUCUAUUCUUGCCAAGAUGGCCGCCCCCGUCUUCUAUCCUGUGACGCUGGGCUGGCUUUCGAUCCCGUUUCAAGCCGAUGUGUCGAUGCUGACGAUGUUGCGUGCAGCGACAGCCCCGCAGUACCCACUACGGAAUCUAAACCUUAA